AUGUUAUUUAUUGCACAAUUAUUUCAUUAUAAUGCAGAUGACAUUAUAUCAUGUUUAUCAUUAACACAACAACAAAAUAUGUUAUUUGAACAUUUAAAAUGUUGUUUCAAACGUUUAGUUAAACAAGAUAUUUUUACUUUAUUAACUGAUCAAACAUUAACAUCAGAACAACUUAAAUUAAGAUUUCAACAAACUGGACUUGGUCUUACAACACAUAUAUUUGCACCUGAAAGUCGAUUAGAAUCAUUAGUACGUUUUUGCCAUGCAUGUAUUGAUAUGAAUGAACAACCUAUGCCAACAUUUUUAGCUUCAACACAAGCAUGUAUUGGUCGUGGACAAUCAUCAAUAUGGUUUACACAAUUAACAACAGAAUUACUUUUGUGUCUUUCGACAACACAACAUUUACCUGUAUCAUAUGAUUAUUCUUCUUCUUCUAUUCAAAUACUUCAACAAAAACCAAUUAUGGAUAAAUUUGAUAGACCAAUUGUGAAUAAAAUACUUGAUUAUGUAGUUAAUUUAUUUUCUAAAUCCGUAUUAGAUCAAUUAGCAGUUAAAACAUUAAUAUUAAUCGAUUUUGAUGAUUAUUUACGUGUAUUUGAUGACAAUGAAAUAGAGUUCGCUGACACUAUCAAAUCGUCGUCACAAUUACCAUCUUUCGGUCUAGCAUUAAGUCGUCGUUCAUCAGUAUCUUUGACAAAUUCACAUGCAACAAAUUUAUGUCAUUUAUCUGAUAAAGUUUUUCGUUCAUAUUUAACAACAAUUCAAGAUACAUUUUUAUCUCGGACGUCAUCAGAACUUGCAUUACAAUCAGCAAGUGAAUUUCGUUUAAUACCUAAUAAUUUAGCUAUUUUCUCUUAUGAAUAUCGUUUAUAUUUAAAUCUGUUAACACCAUCUGAUAUUCGUACACGUCUUGAUCAACUUCCACAAAUAAAUAAUACGGAUGUUUCAUCACCAUUACUUCGUCUUCGUAUUGAAUUACUAAUUCGUGUUCACACAUGUUUUAUUAAUUCAUAUCAUAUGGAAGGAAUAUGUUUCGUACUUGAUCAUGCUCGUCAUAUAACAAUUUGA